ACACGAGAACUUGAAAUCUGAUUCCUAUCCGCUUUUGCACUCGCAACUGUCAGUUUUCUAUGCCCACCCUCCUCCUUCCUUGCAUUUCUAUCAGCAAGCUCUAUGUUCCUCCGUCGCUCUCUAUCUGCCCUUCACUUAUCCCCGUGCAGCCGUGCUAACUACGAUUAGGGCUCCAAAUCGCGUUUAACCGCUGCAAAAUCACGGCCGGGGCUUCGUCCCUGAGUUGUCCUGCUGCUGGAUGCCACCUAGUGUCCCGCGCCGCCGCCAGUGCCUUUCCCCGGAGCCGCGCCGCCGCCAGAGCUCGUCCUCGGAGCUGCCUCUCUCCGGCGAUCGCCGGAGAGGGAUACGGCCGGAGCCACCACAGGCGGCGCUCGUGCGCCGGCUGCCGCCGGCAUCGUAGCAGAUGUCUAGUAGCUCCAGCGGCCACCAUCCUGCUAAUGGUGCAAAAGUUCUUCAUACAAGAGAUAGGAAACUGCAGCUCGACAGAAAUGCAGCCUCUAGGGCCUGUCCGAAGGACAGGCAAUAUAUUGAGAAAUUGGAAAUGGAGCUGAUGAACUGCUAUCAGGAAAUUGACUAUUUGCAGGAUCAGUUAAAUAUAAGGAAUGUUGAAGCAAACAUCAUGGGAGAGCAUAUUCACAGCCUUGAACUGAAGCUGACUGAACUUGAAAAGUUCCCGGAAAGAGUGAGAGUUAUGGACAAUGAGCUGAUGCGAUCUGAUUCUCAGUGCUGGCUCCUGAUGGAAGAAGUCAGAUGUAAAGAAGAGGAGUUGCAAAAGGCAUCUUCACAGAUAGAGAAGCUUGAAAGUACAGUUUUAGAUUCACAAUGCGAAAUUGAGAGCUUGAAACUUGAUUUAACUAAUCUUGAGCAGAGACUAUUUGAUGCUGAGAGCUUUGCCCAACAUGCUGCUGAGCACAAAGCUCGAAUUGACAAACUAUUGGGAGAGCAUGAGCUCCAGCUGCAUGAGGCACAAAACAAUAUCGAUCAACUUGUUCUAGAGAAUAAGCAAUUGAAGGAGUUGUUGCCUAUAAAAGCUCAUAAACAAUCCCCUUCUACAUCCGGGGAUCACCUUGACAAACAAUUGGAGAAUGGUGGUCAUGCAGAAUAUGAAAGUGAUAAUUUAAUUCUUGAAAGGAUGGCAAAACAAAAUGAAGAAUCUGAACUUCUAAUUGAGCAGCUCAAGGAAGAACUUCGAGAACAAAAGUUAAAGGCAAAAGAGGAUGCAGAAGAUCUCACCCAAGAAAUGGCUGAACUAAGAUACCAGAUAACAGGCAUGCUUGACGAAGAAUACAAGCGUCGAUCUUGCAUUGAGCAGGCAGCUAUUCAGCAUAUUCAGGAGCUGGAGACUCAGGUCUCCAAAGAGAAGACAAAAUUGAGUGGGGCGCUUAGGCGAUUGCAGGAAUCACAUGAACUAGCUCACAAACAAGCUAUGGAGAUUAAGAAGUUGAAGGAUGCUUUAGAGAGGUUUAACUCCGCGGUGAACCUGGGGACAGUUUGCAAGUCUUGCUCUUGCGGGUUCUGUGCAAUGUUGAUAGAGUUGUCUAAUUGCUCGAUUGAAGGGCCAUCGGGUGCCAGAUCUCCAAAAUCCAACCACAUCAAUGGGAAGUUACAGGACCAAGCGCUAAUAGAGUGGCAUCCUGAUGAAGCUUCAGAUGGUGACGGCAGGUAGGAAGUUAGAUCGUGAAACAGCAUGUACAUUUGAGUGUGCAAUUGACCAAUUGUUGUAGAUAAUUCUUUGUGUUCUCCAUUGCUGCCUGUAAAUGCAUCUGCAUUUUGUUACCUUAGCUGUUCAAUUUCACCUAGUAAGCUUCCAAUGGGAGUUAAGCUCCACUGGCAAUGAAAGUUCGAUCUGUAAGAUGUGAGAUUUACCAAGGGUGCAAGGAUGUGCCAUCACGCAGUGUACUCGACAAUAGGAACUCACAAGGUGACAUCCCAAUUCCCAAUUCCCAAUAAGGUCAAGCCGCAAAAUUGCAUCUGUAGAUGGUUGUUGGGAAGCGUGUUUCAGGGAUUCAACAGAAAUAAGGUUCAGAAGGAUGGUCGAGGAAGAGGCGUUGAUUUCAUCUAACUUCAUGUCGCAUUGAAAGAUCCAGCUUCUUUAUUGGACAGAGCAGGGGACUUCUUCUGCUAUCUGCAGUGAGACAUGAAUUCGGAUCUGUAGCUGACCUGACACAAGCUAGAAUUUACAAUUUUGUGAGGAUGGUGCUUCAGACUAAUUACCUCAAAACAGUAGGCAAAUUGACGUUCAGCUGGAAUCUGAGUGUAUAGUUUUGAAAAGGUUUCGUGAUCUGAUAUUGUGAUUAAAUCAUGCAGUCAAGAUAAAAUAGCUACGUAGGGAGACGCAUUGUCAUGUACAGGGAAAAAAUAUUCUGUGAUCAGAAAUGACUUCAUAUGGGAGAAAACUGUGCAUAAUUUACUUC